CCUGAACUUUCACUUUCUUCCUUCGACAUGUUUGCCAGAUAUUUCAAAAGUUGCACUAUUUUGAAUAGAAAAGGAUUAGAACUGUUUCCAUCUCUGUAGUCUCGAAGAUUCGAAUUUUCAUGCAAUUUUUGUUCCGAUCAAGAACGCCUCCAAGUUAUGAAUAUUUAAAAGCUCAGUAAUGGUGACCUGAAGCAAGGAGGAUAAUACUACCUGGUGGCUCUUGUGGUUCAUAAAAGUUGUAAUAAGGACUGGUUAUCAUCGAGACCUGCAUAUAAUCUCUCCUCCAUAACUCGCUUACAGUGAAAAAUUAGUCCCAUAUACCAAACCCAUGCAUAGACCCAUAAACACCCUAGGCAGGGUCAAAAUGCGCCUACGGCGUCCACUUCCUUGGAAUGCUUCAUUUCGGGGGCUUGCCACUGCUUUUUCCCCAUCAAAUACGACCCACCAGGCCACAAAUGAGGCCCCACCAUUCCAGCUCAAUAUUCGUUCUAAGCCAUUUUCAAAGCAGAUCCCAAAGGAUCUUGACUACUUGAGUCUUCCCCUCGACACAUACCCAAACCCAUUAUUUGGAAUGACCAAGCAAGAGAUAUUGGACCUUUCCCAUGAAGUGUACAAUCAUUUAAUUCAGAUCCCUUCCAAGCACACACAAGAACAGCAUAACUUCGGCUUAAAUCUCAUAAACAUAAUAAAAGAAAGUAUUCUAGACAAGCCUGAUUUGGUGUCUAGAUUGUUGCUUAGACAUGAAUCCAACUACCAUAUGAGUUUGAAUGGAGAGUUGUACUCCUUAAUUGUGAGGUCGUUGGACCAAGCUUUUGAGCAUAAUCUAGUGCAAAGCUCCAUCUUUGAAUACAUAAAAGAUCCACUCUCAAGCAAGUUUAGAAAUGGAUUUUUCUUUAGUGUUUCCAAAGUACUCCACAUGCAAGAGAAGCAAAACUCUGAAAAAUGUGACAUGAUUUUAAACUAUUUUAACAAAUUAGCCAUGUCAAAAGUGAUUAAUAAUGAAGCUCUUCUAUUGAGGACGGAACUCUACUAUAAGCUAAUGCAUCUCACUCCUACGGCAAAAUUUUCAGAGCUUUACCUGUAUUUCUUCCAGCUUAAUAUUCAAACCGAGAAUCAAAAACGGCUCCUAAGUCUUAAAAAGACGUUAAUGAGGGGCGGGGAGACUGAUAGAUUUGUUGCUAGGACAGGUUGGAUAAAACCAAAAUGGCAUGAAACAUUAACAACAGAAUUUUCCGAAUCCUACCAGCGCAAAAUGAUCAAUUUCUUCUCCAUUAAUGACUUGCGAGAAUUCAGCGAAUAUUUCAUAAGAGAUCAGGAUCUAGUAAACUCAAACUUGUACUUAGGCCUUCUAGUUGCCAAAUUUGAGAAGAAAUGUGUGGAUUUGCAACAAGUAAAUUCCAAGGCAAGAGUUGGUGACUCCCUGUUCGAUGAGGAUUUGCAAACAAUAUUAAAUACUAUUUUAAGUCAUGUUAUGACGUUUAAGGGACCUAAAACCUGCAUUCGUGUCUUGAAAUAUAUGGUCAAAGGAAAUCUUGAAGUCAAAUUUGACACCUUGUUGGUAAUUAUGAAAAAAUUGAGAAUGCAUAGGCACUACCAAGAAGCACUCUUAUUGAUGAAUAACAUUGACUUGAACCAGUUGUCCCGCUGGCAAAGUAAGGAAUUGGUGGAAGAAAUAUUAAAAUUGAUCAAGACUCGCUACCCAAAAUCACCCAAGAUUUUGAUUGGGUAUACUUCUUCAGUAUUUGGGGGUUCUGGUGAUGAAGGAAAUAAAGGUUUGGAUCUAUUGAAUAAUUUAGAAUUAUUGGGAAUAACACACGGAAAUGGCAAAAUGGGAAAAGUGACAUCAUUGGACAAUAUUCAAAAGGCUGCCAUUGAUAAGAGAUUGACAGGCUUUGAGUUUACAGGCCAUGCAUUGGCAAAUGUGUACGAAACAAUAUUGGAAUCUUCGGAUCCCAACGAAAUCUCCUCAGAAUUAGUUCACCAGUUGUACUUGAACUACAUCAAAAUGUANGAGGAUCAAAAGAACUCUAGCACGACAGCACACAGAGUCUUUAAUCAUAUGGAUGACCGAGUCACAAACGUAUUAAUCAAUUUUCUACUCAGAAGAAAACGGGGGUCUAAAAGUUUUGUGAUCAACAAUUCAAAAGAUAGAUUUGAAACUGCCAAGUCGAUUUUCAAUGAUUUCAACUCAAAAGUUGAGCUAACAAGACUCAAUAGAACCACUUCUUUGUCUGACAUAUUGAUAUAUACCAGUCUUCAUAUUCACAAAGACUAUAACUUUGCUGCGGAAGUGGUUAGGUUCUCCAGGGAGCAUCAUAUACCAUUUACCUUCAAUCAGAUUUACCCCUUUAUUAAAUUUCAUUACGACAGAAAAGAGUACAGAUCUGCGGAAUUGUGGUAUAAUGAAUUAGUAAAGCAUUCAGUCAAGGCCACUGCUCAGCCUGCUAAAGAAUUAUUCCGAAUUGCUCGUGAGCAAGGCUGGAAAGUGAGUGGUUUUACAUACAGGAAACAUAGGAUCUACAACAACUAUAAAAGCAUAGAAGAGAAAGAAAAGUUGAAGACCGAUCCAUUGGUGUUCAUUGGAGAUGAGGAUAUUGAGGAUGUUGUUACAGAGGAGUUAAUUACGGGCAAAUCGGUGGAUGACGAAAUUGCAGACACAAAUUUUGCUGAUGAGUUGGCAUCAAUAUUGUAUAAAGUUAAGAAUGAGGCUUAAGCAAGUUCAUACCAACAUCAGACUGCCGUCCCAUCAGAUUGUGGGUUAAAUAGAUUAUAGAUUAACG